GCAACCUCUCUAGUGGGCAGAGAGACGUAGCCUGUGUCUUCUCUAGUUUAUUUCAUGAUUGUAUGAUCUCAAGCUUGUUUGUGUGAUUCAAGUGUGUAAACUUGUACAAUGUCAACGAGCACAGAGGGAAUGCACACACAGCUCCUCGAUGGCCCUGACUCUAAUGACCACGAUGAUUGCAAUAGUUCAGAGGUACGAUAUUCAGGACAGCGAUCAUUUUGCCAAGAACCCUUCAAGGUGGCAACAGCAUGCCUGGCUGCCAUUUGCCUCAUCUUACUCAUGAUCCUGGUGGCCACAAGUAUUCACAGUAAGGGAAGUUUUGCUGCCCAAGAUUCAGCUGGUCAGGAUUCCCCCUCCAGCUCUGCUGAAGCUCAAAUGCAGAAGGCCUGUGCUAAUGUAACUGAUAUGACUGCGGAAUUGCAGAAGCUGAAGAAAGAGAAGAAAGAACUGGAGGAAGAGAGGUCACAACUGAGGUUCAAAAUUGCUGAGCUAGAGGCAAUCCCUACACCACGAACCUCUCCAGCACAAGUGACAGCAAAGAAUUCCUGCCCUGCAGGUUGGGAGCACUUUAAGAGCAGUUGUUACUUCAUCUCUGUCUACAGCAUGAGCUGGCUAGAGAGUCAGUCUUACUGCAAAAAGAAAGGAGGACAUCUGGCCAUCAUCCACACUGCUGAGGAACAGUCCUUUAUAUGGAACCUGCUGCCACGUGGCCACUGGAACGCUUACUGGAUUGGUGUAAGUGAUAAAAAAGCGGAAGGAGACUGGUACUGGGUGGAUGGAACCAAACUGGUUGGAGGUUUCUGGGAAGAAGGCGAGCCCAACAACCAUAUUGAUGAAGACUGUGGCUACAUGGUGAAAACCGAGGUUUUAAGUCGCGUGGCCACAAAGAGUUGGUAUGAUGCACCCUGCUUCAUGCCGUGGCCUUGGAUCUGUGAGAAGGAGGUUACUGGCUCCUCUUGAUCAUCAUCUUCAUUCACCAUCAUCAUCAACUCACUUUCAUGGGUGUGUAUAGGCUAUAUGACUGGUCUCAGGGUUUUUAAACUUUUAAAAAAUGUAUAAGUAAAAAAUUAAAUAAAAUACAACUGACUGAUAAAGUAGCUGCAGUCGUGGGUCAAAUAAAGUAGCUGUUUCUUUAAAUCAAAUGGCAAUAUAUGCAUUUCAGUAUCAUUUAAUGUAACCAUGCUUUGCACACUAGUUGUAAUGUGUAAACAAUUCUGCAUUUGUUUUUUUCUGUUCAGACAAUUCUUUAACUGCUAAAAUCAGUUUGUAAUUAUAAAUAACCUGACUAACUGAUCUUGUUGAUUUAAAUCUAUUGCUCUGUUUGCAUAUAAUAACAGGUUUUUGUGUAAAAUAUAUAUAUAUAUAUAUAUAUA